GUUGAUUUUUCGGGUGGAAAUAAAAAAAAUGAAAAUGCUAACUUAAGUAUAACGUGGCAGUUCAACUUGCAACUGAAACUUCUAUAAUGAUGGCAUUACCUCCUAUAGCCAAGGCGACUCUACAAGCUGCGGUGAUAAACGCCGGGUCCAAUGUCCUGGCACAGAGCAUUCAGUCAUAUAGAGAUGAGAAACCAUUUGAACUGGAUCUCCAAACGCUGUUCCAAUUCACAACAUGCGCCUUUGUGAUGUCUCCCAUGACCUUUCUGUGGCUAGAGGGUCUGGAACUGGCGCUUCCUGGCUAUGACGAGAAACCCGCCACCAAACCCAAGAAGGGAAACGGCCAGAAAGAGAAGAAGUUAAAUGUGAAGAACACGGUGGCAAAGAUCGUGAUCGAUCAAAUUGUCGGUGGCGCCUGGGCCACGGUCCUUUUCAGCCUGACCAUGGGACUGCUGCGCGGUCAGGAGUAUGAUGCUCUCGUGGAGCAGGUUCGCAAUGAAUUCUGGCCCUUCCUGAUAGCAGGGUUCAAGUUAUGGCCGUUUGUUUCAGUCCUGAAUUUUACUGUCGUGCCGGCAGAUAAGCGGUUGUUGGUUGGUAGUAUGUUUGGUGUGGUUUGGGGGGUUUACCUGAGCUUGAUGUCUGGGUGAUAGUCUAUCGGGGCGGUUUUUUUUGUUGAGCAUUGAGAUAUUUGGGGUCGCAUCCGACCAUGUAUCUACUGUCAGAGAAUGAAAGCAUUGGUGGAACCCUUUCAGUCUGAUAAGAAGAGAUUAAAAAGGAAAGACGCAAGAAUCGGAGGGAAAAUGUUCUAUGAUACACCGGACCCAAGCGCUGGAAUUGAACUCAUCGAAAUGAACAGAAGUGACUAGGUUGAGCGAAAUACCGUUAUUUGCCCCAUCCAGAGUGUGCGGGCCAGUAAGAUAUUGAGCAA